UCCUCCUCCCUCUCCCCCCCCCCCUGCCCGGUCCAUUUUCUGCAAUUGGAACUUGCUUGUUGCUCCGACGACCUGAGGAGAAAGAGGGGAGUAAGUUAACGAAAGAAUUACGUUAGAAGCACCGGAGGCGGUUUGGGCCAAAGAGUCGAACUUCCUGCGACGAGGCAGUUUGGAAAAUAAAGGAAGUUUUUAUUUUGUGUGUGUGUGUGGAGUGGGGGGUGGGGUGUGUGUGUUGGAAAAUUUGCGGGGGGGUGGAGGGAGGAAAGAGGACGAGUUAAGCCCCUCGCACGCCUGCAGCGUCGGAGACAGCCGCCGAGUUUCUGCCGGGGGAAGGUGGAGGGAGGAAGAGAUGCGGUCGUGCUCCUCUCGACACCGUUACGUUCGUCGUCCUCCUCCGCUGGCUGCGAGCAAGUAUCCUAUUAUUCAACACUUUAGGUAACGAAGUAGUCCGUGCCUGCAUGUUGCAAGAUUUAUACAACAUUUGGCUUCGGCUGUAUAUGAAUAUAGAACAAACUUUUUACUACCUGGGCAUGUACUCCCAUAAGCAAUGACUGACUUGGAUGAAUUCAUCUUUUGCAAAUGGCAAGGUCGGCUGUGGCCUGCAAAAAUACUGUCGGAGUCUGGCAUUUCUCCCAGUAAGACAUCUGAGACCAUUUCAGAUUGUUUAGAUGUCCAGCUAAUAUGUUUGAAUAAACAAUUAAGAGUUAAGCACAUAGACACAAGACCAUUUGAGCAAAAACAGGCUGAAAGUAUCAGCUUUGGUUUGGCACACAGGGAAGACUUUACUCAUGAAGAAGCUGUGGAAGAAUUAACUUACAGGAAGGCACUUCGAAUUGCACUGGAUCUUUUAGCUAGCCAUGACUGCCAUACCACUCGAAUGACUAUGAAAGAACCAGUGAUGGCAAAGACUCGAGUGUUAGCUUCAAAAGAGCUUAAAAAGCGUUCCUGUAUUCACAGUUCAAAUGGACCAAAAAAUACACCGAAGCAAAAUGGAUUUUACUUUCUUCGAGGACAAGAAACUGUGUGCACUCGACAAAGUAGCAGGAAAACAUCGUGUAUCAAAAAAACACCAGAGGCUGAACAAGGGAAAAAGCCAACCAGGUCAUGCACGUUAACCCAAACUUCGGCUAAAACAAAAAAACGCACUGGUAAGGAAGAAAAAAGUAGUGUAAGGAAAAGAACUGUGGGAAGACCAAGGAAAAAUCUUAAGCCUCAGACAGCCACUUCAAAUGAUAAUCUCUCUCGGUGUGAGCAGUCAAUACCACUUGUGAAACAGACAACUGCUGAAGCACAGGAAUAUCGGGAUGAAAAGAGGUUGCAAGAAGUGGCGAAGUCUUCAUUCCAAACAUGUGGUUCUCCAAAUUAUGCAGGGAGGAAAGAUCAAAAUGGUAAAGUUAAAAAGAUUAGCCUGAGGUCAAGGAUUAUUUGCAAAUCUGCCUGCAAAGAAAUUGCCAAUUCUCCUGUCCAAGCCAAUUGCAAACCUCGGGGCAUUCGGACACCUGAUGCUGCUUCUAGCUAUUUAGAAUCAACUCCUAAAUGUAGGACUACUGGCAACAUUGGGUCACAUGAAUGCUCACACCUUUUAAGUCCUAGCAAUGUUCAGUUAGAAAUGAAAAGUGAUUUGUGCAAAAAUGAAGUGGUGGAAGAACAUAAAAGGAGAAAAGUGAAAAAAUGUCCCCAGCCUAUAGAGUGCCUUCAUAUCAGUACAACUUCUGAUUUGGAUAUUAAUGUGAAAUCAACCAACCAACCAAAUGUAGAUAGUCUUGCGGAAACCAAGAGUCCAAGGCAGCAUGUUAAGAGUUCUCUAAUUGGGUUGUGUCUAGAUGAACAAGUGGGCUCUAUUAAUGGACAUAAAAGAAGUAUUUCAGACAAUCCUCAAACAUUCUGUCCUUCCACCCCAUUAAAUAAACAAGAGGCAUUCCCUCCUUCAAAAAUUCGGAAAGAGGAGGGAGCUUCAGAGAUCCAAACUUUAUCCAUUGCAGCGCCUGAAACUCAUCUUGAGUUGCCAUCAUUUGAAACUGAUGAAAUAGGAUUACAAUCAUCUACUUUGUCAGUAGAGUUCAAUUCAAUAGACUCCCUUUCAACAAGCAAACCCACGAAAGAUGGGGGUGAUGAAGAGAAUGAUGAUGAAGAUGAAAACCUUCCAAGUAUACUGCUGCACCAAGAACAAUGGUCAGUAGCUGAAGGGAUGCUGGUAUGGUGUAAAUUUCAAAAGUACCCUCAUUGGCCAGCAGUGGUAAGAAGUGUAAAAUCCAGGAUCAAAAAGGCCAGCAUUUUGUUUGUCGAUGAAAAUAUAAUAGAUGCAGAAAAGUAUAAAAAAGGCUUUACUGUGUCUGUGAGGACCUUGAAACCAUUUGAUUGUGAAAACCGGCAUCAGUUAACAGCUGCAGCGCGGCAUAUUUAUAAGACAUCAAUUGAUUGGUGCGUGGCUCUGAUUGAUGACUAUCGAAUCAGGAGAGGUUGCGGAUCCUUUACUGGCUCCUUUGUCGAGUAUUGUACAGCUGAGCUUAGCAUCCCAGUUCGAAAAUCAUUUGGGCAAGAUCCCUCACUAAUGACUUUCCCAUACACUUCAAUUGAAAAUCAAGUAGAAGAAGGGCAUACUGAUUCCGAAUGUGAGUCCACACCAACCAGACAACAGCCUACCAAAAAAUUGCUCCCUGAUAGGAAGAAAGCUGCUAGGGAUCGAGCAAAUGAAAAACUUGUGCAAUUCAUUGUCAAGACAAGAGGUGCAGAGAAGCACCUUCAGGCUGUAAUUAAGGGGCAGAAGCACUCCAGGUGGCUUGAAGAGUUCCAAACCCGUAUGCGCAACUCAAAUGUCAUUGACACAUACCUUGAAGAUGACCGGCAGGUGGACCAAGUGGUUAACUAUUUAAAAACUGUCUGUGAAAUGAGUGUGGGCACAAAGCUCUUGGAAGACUAUGAGAGGUCUAGGUUUAUCUUGGAUGUCCUCUUGCCAGAGGCUAUUAUUUGUGCAAUUGCCGAGGUUGAACAAAUGAGCAUCAAGAAAGCAGAAGAAAAGUACAUGAAAGGCCCACUUCACAGUGAAAGGGAAGUCGAACAUUUUAACAAGGAGAUUGAGAAAGAGAUGAAGCUGAAACAGAAGCUCUUGAAAAAGGAGGAAUCCACAAACUAAAGUUUUCAUUCUUGAAAUGAAGAACAUAUGUAUAUAUAAUUGAAUGAAAUCCAUAUUUUUGUGCAACAAAGUAAUAUCAUUUUUGAUAGCAAGAAUUUAACUGUUUCUUAUAUGAAAUGUUAAAACCAAGGGUGUACAGGUAACUUAGGAUAUUUACAUACUUUUAACUCCCAUCUGGGGAAACUUAUUAACUGCUUAAAACUCAAGUACUUAAGGCUUGAGCUUAGGUUUUUUUUUCACUUUAGAGUGACCAGCCAUACCAUUUCACAAAGACCUUAGCAUUUUGGCAAACAAAGUUAAAAUUGAUAUCCUACUUAUUGUGUCCUAUUCUCAAAUGCAGAAUAUUUGUGCUAUUUUCUUGAAUGGUAACUUGCUUUGUGAUAUGACAUCAGUAUUUCCCCCAAAUGCGGGGAAUAAUGGCUUUUGGCUUCACUGAUGUUACCACCCGGAUUGCACGGUAUAAUGCAAGAGAAUGUGACAUCAAUGAAAAUCACAUGUUUGGAGGCAUUUGCCCAUUUUUGUUGCUGUAGGCCCAGACUGGUAAUUUAACUUUUAUAUGUCCUUGUUAAUAGAGCUGACAUAUUUGGGGUAUCAUAAAAUGGAAUUAAAAAUGAAGCAUUGUUGCAUUUGAGUAACUUUUCAACAAAAAAAAAAAAAUCCCCCAUUCUUUCUAGCAUAAAAUGUUGAUUACAGACCAGUGGGAAGUUUGGCACGGCUUCAGCUUAAGACUGCAAAUUAGACUGAGCUGGUAAAUUUAGUAACAUUUAGUAUACAUUUAGUAAAAUUAGUGUGGUGAUCCUAACAGAGGUUGUGAUAUUCUCUCGUGUUAGCUGCAGGAAAUGUAAACACUCAGAACCCUUUCUAUAGAUUGCUUAAAAAUUCCAUUGAGCAGGCACUGUAAUGUAAAUGCUUGGGUUUAGCCAUGCCGCAGCAGCUGGUCUGGUCCUGCAGCCUUAACUUUAAGCUGUGACCAACUCUUUUUUUUAAAUCCUUGUAAAGAAAUUCUGGAGCUAUUGUUUUCUGAAAGCCAAGCAAGCUUUCUAAUUUUACAGUUCAUAGCUAUGCCCAGAUCAGUCAAGGGGUAAUGUGUUUCAAAGAAAAUCACGAGCUUGCGUUUUGAAUUGACCAUAAUCUGCAUUUGGUUUGAUGUAAAUGCGGAUUUUAUAAGGAAAUGUCAUUGAAUGAAAUUGAUGGGCAGUAUUUUACCUGCUUGUGAAAUUAAUUACUCUGUUUCACACUUGCCUAAUGUUGUGAAGUAGUUACAUUCAUUUAGUGAGUAUAUGCAUGAAUUUUUCGUGGAAUGUAUAAAUUCAGAAUGUUGACAACCCUUAAUCCUUCUGCCCCACACUAUAUAUUAAAAGUGAAUUCCACUCUA